AUGAAAAGAAUCUUCUUACUAGUUCUUACUUCUUAUCCAAAUUUUGUCUGCAAAAAACAACUAUAACAUGUAUGAAACCACCAUGACUAUUGGUCAUAACAUCAACAAUAAUAAAGUCUUAUUAUUAAGACGUGUUGCCCUUUCCAAGUUGCAAUUGCAAUCUUUCUAAAACCCACUCAUACAAUCUUCUUAAACAAAAAAACUCUUACACGUUUUUUCCUCUCUCUCCUUCCAACCCAAAAUAUGGACGCUAACCGCCGCGUCGUGCGGACGCUAGUAUCAAAACUAAGCUCCGUUUCAGAAAAAACCCGAAUCGAAUCACUCAUCGAGCUUCGUCAAUUAUCAAAACAAGAUCCAUCAACCCGACCCAUAAUAGCCGAAUCAGGCGCAAUCCCUUACCUCGCUGAAACCCUCUAUUCUUCUUUACACCCUUCUCAAGAAAACGCUACAGCAACACUUUUAAACCUUUCCAUAACGGAAAAAGAACCUAUCAUGUCCACGCGCGGUGUUCUCGACGCGCUUGCGCAUGUGAUUUCUCAUCAUUCAUCUACCUCCGCCGCCGCUGCUGUUCAAUCCGCCGCCGCUACGAUUCACAGCCUUCUUUCCUCGGUGGAUGAUUAUCGUACUGUUGUUGGAUCUAAACGUGAGAUUGUUUAUGCGCUUGUUGAUAUUCUUCGUUGCCACCGUUCCUCACCGCCAAGAACGGUGAAGGAUUCAUUGAAAGCGCUUUUUGCAAUCGCACUUCAUCCAUUGAAUCGUGCUACGAUGGUUCAAUUUGGUGUUGUUCCCGCGUUGUUUUCGUUGAUCGUUAAUGAUGGUAGAGUAGGGAUUGUUGAAGAUGCUUCCGCAGUUAUUGCGCAGGUCGCCGGUUGCGAGGAAAGUGUUGAGGCGUUUAAGAAGGUUUCUGGUGUGGGAGUGCUGGCGGAUUUACUUGAUCUUGCUACCGGUUCGAGUAUGAGGACGAGGGAAAAUGCGGUGUCGGCAUUGCUUAAUCUUGUGAGAUGUGGUGGAGAUGUGGUGGCUGGAGAUGUAAGAGACGCGGUGGCGUUUGGUGCGAUGGAUGGAAUUGCUGAUGUUAAAGAUAAAGGAAGUGUUAAGGGGCAGAGUAAGGCGAUGGAGUUGAUGAGAGUGAUGGUUGGUGAUGUUCGUAGUCACGGUGAUGUUCGUAGUCAAGGUGAUGUUCGUAAUCAUGGUAAUGUUGGUUUGAAUAGUGAUUCGUCGUUUGGUUCUUAUAUGAAUGAAGAUAGUGGUACGUCAUUUUGAAUGAUGGUUUGUCGUUUUGGUCUCUUGGUGAAAUGAGUUUUAGGUUGGCGGAUCAUGUACAAAAAUAGAUUAGAAUUCUGUUGUUGUUGCUGUUACUAUUAAUGACAUGUUGUUAUGAUUCUAUUGAUUUUUAUGUUAUGAUAUGAGAAAUAUCAUGAUAUGUUGUACAUUCUAACAAAGAAAACGCUCAUUAAUUGAAAAGGUUAUUCUUCUUC